CCAACCGACUUUUUCGUACAUUAAAAAUCGACGAUUUGAUAACGCCGAAGACAAAGUUUUGAGAGUUGGAUAAAUAUCCUCUAAUCACGUUUUUAUUUCAAUUUAUUCACACAAGCUUUUAUCAUUCCAAGUACGUUUCUUCAUCAAGAGAUAGACUUUCACCAUGAGGACAUAAUUCCGAUGUUAGUUAGGACAAAUUGAUUAAAAUGGAUGAGUUAGAACGGCUUGAACACUUGUCCCUUGUAUCCAAAGUGUGUACAGAACUGGACAACCAUCUUGGACUAAAUGAUAAAGACCUAGCUGAAUUCAUCAUCAGCCUUGCCGAGAAGCAUGAAACCCUUGAGGCCUUCAAGUCGGUGCUUGCGGAGAAUGGGGCGGACUUCCCAGAAUCCUUCACCAGCAAUCUCCUCCGUCUCAUCCAGCACAUGAAGCCCAAGAAGGCGCGGAAAGAAGAUGAAGCGAAGCCGGAGACCAAAGAUGACAAGAAGAGACAGGCCUUUCCUGGACUGUGUAUCCCAGAUAAACCAGAAGUCAGGGAAAUGUUGGCAGAAGAUGAGCAGAUUGCCCUAGAUGCCAUGGAUGAAUUAGAAGCUCUCAUGCCUAAACAUCUAGGAACACAAGUGAAGAAAGAAGGGAGUGAUGAAAGAGAUUCAAAGAAGUCCCGUAAGGAGGAUAGCAGGACGAGGAGUAGAAGCAGGAGUCCUGAUUCAGACAAACCCCGCAAGCACAAACAUAAACACAAAGACAGGGAUAGGGACAGAGAUAGAGACAGGGACAGAGAUAGGGACAGAGAUAGGAGGAGAAGACGCUCAAGAUCUCGUAGCCGCGACCGUGACAGGAGGCGCAGCAGGAGCCGGGAUCGUAGCCGCAGGCACAGGAGCAGAAGCAGGAGCAGGGAACGUAGCGACAAGCGCAAAUACCGUGAUCGUGACGAUGGGAAAGACGCAGAAGGAGACUCGCGGAAGGAGAAGUACAAUGAUAAAUUUGUGGACAGACCACCCUCGCUUGAGCCGGAGGUUGGGGAGGUCUAUGAGGGGAAGGUGACGAGCGUGAUGCAGUACGGUUGUUUUGUUCAGCUUUCCCUGAGAAGACGGUGUGAAGGCUUGGUGCAUAUAUCAGAGCUGAGGAGAGAAGGGAGGGUUGCCGAUGUCAGCGAUGUCGUGUCAAGAGGUCAGCAGGUAAAGGUCAAAGUUCUCUCUAUCGCAGGGACCAAGAUCAGACUUUCAAUGAAAGACGUCGAUCAGGCUACGGGAGAGGACUUGAACCCUGUCAAGGCAAAGAGUGCCCCAGAGACGAAUGAGGAAGAGGGCAUGAAUCCAUACCGACCUGCUGACCUUCCAUUGAUCAAUGCUCCAGACUCUGAUGAUGUAGCCAUCAGGAAGAGAGUCCAGAGGGUAACUUCUCCCGAGAAGUGGGAACUUAAACAGAUGAUGGCAGCAAGUUGCAUUGACAAAGCUGAUUUCCCAGAUUAUGAUGAAAGCACUGGUAUCCUCCCAAAGGAUGAAGAUAACUCUGAUGAGGAGAUCGAGAUUGAACUGAGGGAAGAGGAUCCGCCCUUCCUCAGGGGUCAUGGCCGCCAGAGUGUCGAUCUCAGCCCAGUUCGGAUCGUCAAGAAUCCUGAUGGGACCUUAUCGAAGGCUGCUAUGAUGCAGAGCGCCCUCGCUAAGGAGAGACGAGAGAUGAAGCAAGCAACGGAGAGAGCCGAGGCCGAAAACAUCCCUACUGGAAUGAACAAGAACUGGAUCGACCCCAUGCCUGAGAGUGAACGUACUCUGGUUGCCAAUAUCCGUAAGACCGGUAUGACCAGUCAGGAGUUACCAGAGUGGAAGAAGUCAGCCUUCGGUGGAAACAAGGCUUCCUAUGGAAAGAAAACUAAGCUAUCCAUUGUAGAACAGAGGCAGAGUUUACCUAUUUAUAGACUCAAGAAAGAGCUGGUACAGGCUGUGGAUGACAAUCAAAUCCUUAUUGUUAUUGGAGAAACAGGGAGUGGAAAGACCACUCAGAUCACACAGUACAUUGCCGAAGCGGGCUACACUGUCAGGGGUAAGAUCGGAUGCACCCAGCCCCGCCGUGUGGCUGCCAUGUCCGUAGCCAAGAGGGUGGCAGAAGAAUUUGGGUGCAGACUUGGCCAAGAAGUGGGUUACACCAUGCGUUUCGAGGACUGCACUUCUCCGGAGACCAAAGUCAAGUACAUGACAGAUGGUAUGCUGCUGAGGGAGUGUCUCAUAGACCCGGAUCUCACCCAGUACUCGGUCCUCAUGUUAGAUGAGGCUCACGAGAGGACCAUUCAUACUGACGUCCUCUUUGGGCUGCUCAAGAAAGCUGUGAAGAAGAGACCUGACCUCAAGCUCAUCGUGACCUCGGCCACCCUGGACGCUGUCAAGUUCUCAGCUUACUUUUUCGAAGCUCCCAUCUUUACCAUUCCUGGUCGUACAUUCCCUGUAGAGAUUCUCUACACCAAGGAUCCGGAGACGGACUAUCUGGAUGCAUCCCUCAUCACCGUCAUGCAGAUACAUCUUACAGAACCGCCAGGUGAUAUUCUGCUCUUCCUCACUGGUCAGGAAGAGAUCGACACAGCCUGUGAGAUCCUGUUUGAGAGGAUGAAAUCACUUGGUCCUGAGGUUCCUGAAUUGAUCAUUCUUCCCGUGUAUUCUGCCCUUCCUAGUGAGAUGCAGACCAGGAUCUUUGAUCCAGCUCCUCCAGGGAGCAGGAAGGUUGUGAUUGCUACCAACAUUGCUGAAACCUCCUUGACCAUCGACGGUAUCUACUAUGUGGUUGAUCCAGGAUUUGUGAAGCAGAAGGUGUACAACUCCAAGACUGGCAUGGAUCAGCUGGUCGUGACCCCCAUCUCCCAGGCUCAGGCCAAGCAGAGGGCAGGCAGGGCCGGCAGGACGGGUCCUGGCAAGUGCUACCGCCUCUACACAGAGCGUGCCUACAGAGACGAGAUGCUGCCCACGGCGGUGCCAGAGAUCCAGCGCACCAACUUGGCUAGUACCCUCCUGUCACUGAAAGCCAUGGGCAUCAACGACCUUCUGGCGUUUGAUUUCAUGGAUGCCCCGCCCACAGAGACGUUGAUCACGGCUAUGGAACAGCUUCAUUCGCUGAGUGCGCUGGAUGAUGAGGGACUGCUUACAAAGCUGGGCAGGAGGAUGGCUGAGUUUCCGCUAGAGCCCAUGCUGUCCAAGGUGUUGAUCAUGUCUGUUCAUCUUGGUUGCAGCGAAGAGACCCUGACAGUGGUGUCUAUGCUGUCCGUACAGAAUGUCUUCUACAGACCUAAGGACAAGCAAGGUCUGGCUGACCAACGUAAGGCCAAGUUCCACCAGCCGGAAGGAGAUCACCUGACCCUCCUAGCCGUCUACAACUCCUGGAAGAACAACAAGUUCUCCAACCCCUGGUGCUUUGAGAACUUUGUCCAGGCCCGCACCCUACGCAGAGCCCAGGACGUCCGCAAGCAGCUCCUCGGGAUCAUGGACAGGCACAAGCUUGAUGUGGUCACCUGUGGUAAGAACACAGCCAGGGUACAGAAAGCCAUAUGCAGUGGUUUCUUCAGGAAUGCAGCUAAGAAGGACCCCCAGGAGGGUUAUAGGACUCUGGUUGAUAGUCAGGUUGUCUAUGUUCAUCCUUCAAGUGCUCUCUUCAAUAGACAGCCAGAUUGGGUGAUUUAUCAUGAGCUUGUGCUGACAACCAAGGAGUACAUGAGAGAGGUGACCACAGUAGACCCCAAGUGGUUUGUAGAGCUGGCCGCUUCCUUCUUCCGCUUCUCAGACCCGACCAGACUCAGCAAGGCCAAGAAACAACAACGUCUAGAGCCGCUCUACAACAAGUACGAGGAGCCCAAUGCCUGGAGGAUCUCCCGGCAAAGAUUGCGUAGGAACUGAGCAGGGUAGUGUGCUACCUUUCUUAGGGAUGAGGCUUCCGUCACUCAUGGGCUGAAAUUAAAAUAUGCAAAUGGGACUGAAGACAUGUAGAAGCCCUGGGAAUGGGAAUAGGCAAUGUCUUGAACCUCUCUACAACAAAUACGAGGAGCACAAGCAUGGUGAAUCUCCAGGCUGAUGUUGCCUAGGAACUGUACAAGGUAUUGUUGUCUUUCUUUGAUACCAGGCUGUGUUUGGUCACAAGCUAGCAUGAAAGUAUACAGAUGGGACUGAA